GACAUGGACUCCUUACAGGAGGGCAUACAGUCGUCUGUACCCAAUAGUGAACAUCGUACACCAAGUUUUGGAUUUAUCGUCAGGAGCCGCAUUAUCGCCGAAUCAACCGACGAAUUCAAGCGGCGGGACACCAAAGCAGGCGGACAUGAAGGCCGAAAUGCAUGAGGGUGGAUUAUUCUCACCGACUUCGCGAGGUGUGAUAUUCACCAAAUUACCCUCCUCGCCUAUAGUACCAUCAGCUAUUUCUGGAGGGGAUAAUUUAUCAAUCGAGAGCGACGGCGACGACGACAGCGAACUUGGAGAGCUGGCUGCGACAAUGGAUAAGCUACGGCUGUUUGAUGCAUCCUACUAUCUCGGCAAAGGCACAAUGUUAUUUACAUCAACAGACCAGAACCAGUUUUGGGACGAAGAGAUCUCGUUUGAUGUGCACGAUGCUCAGGAUAUCUGCGUUCCGCCAGAGGCAUAUGUUAUGCCGCCAGUCGAAGUGAUUGAUACACUUAUCGACAUCUACUAUUCACACUACUAUGGAUUUCUGCCCAUGAUUCAAAAGACAACACUAUUGCAGGCGCUAGAGGAUCGAUACGAACCGCAGAGCAUUUUUCUACUGAACAGCGUCUUCAUGGCGGCGGCAUUGACUGCAGAUUGCACUCAUCCAUCGUGCUACUCUAACCCGAGCGAUCCCAAAACAUUAUCCACGCCAUUUUUCGAACGAGCCAGGAUGGUGCUGGACUAUUGCAUCGGUAUUCCAAGAGUAUCAACGGUACAGGGGCUUAUCAUGCUGUCACGAUAUCCAAAGAUCUCUGGUCUAGGGCGCCACCUUGUCCAACAGGCGGUUCUCAUGGCGUCCGAUCUAGGGCUUCAUCGGAAAUGUGACCGCUGGAUCCCCGAUGAGCAAGUUCAGGAGACAAGAAAGAGAGUCUUUUGGUGCGUCUAUGCUAUCGAUAACGCCACUGCCAGCAUGACAGGAAGAAGACCUUUAAUUGACGAUAACGAGAUCGAUGUGCCAAUGGUGGUGCCAACUGCAUCGGAGGGCGAGAUCGAGUACUCGAACACACUCUUCUUGGCCCACAUAUGCAAGCUGUGGCGUAUCUUCAGGAAUGUGAAGCAAUACAUCUUCAACGCUGUGGAAGUUCAGGAUAUGGUUCCGGGAAGUCUGCCUAGAAGCUAUGAGCAGCAACUCAUUCAAUGGCAACUGCAAUUACCAGCGGCUCUCCGAUUCAGUUUUGAUAUCAAAGUCGGAGACCCAAGAGCCAUGUACAAUGCGCGCGGAGGUGUCGCCCAAAUGCUGUACGAGUCUACUCUCAUUCUUCUACACAAGCCCUAUCUUUCAUCAUCCGAAUGCAUCAAACGCUCGCCCUAUCGAUCAUCGGACAUUUGUAUGAAGGCUGCAACAAAAAUUACGGACAUAGCCAGGGUGCUUGUGAACACAUACAGCAGGACAUUCGAAGUCACCGGAGUGCCGGAGUACUCAAUGACAAACGCCAUUCGGAUACAAGUCAUGUACAUGAAGUCUCCAGACCCAAAUAUCGCUGAGUCGUCGCAGGCCAACUUUGAAUACCUGCUACGUUUCUUUCGGGAAUUUUACGCGUCGCCUCGUGCCAAUCUGGAUGACCAAAUGAUCACCUGCGUUUUGACCUUCUUUGACGAGUUUGUGCAUACGAUCAAGGGCCUUAGCGACUCUUCAUUUCGCAGGACGAUGCAGGUAUCUACAACCACCCAGGGAAGGUCCAGAAAGUGUCGCAGUACGUUGGGCCGUUCGGUGGACCUAUGGUGAUGGAGACCUUGAACCAUCAUCAUACGUCGAACGCUAUCCUUAACCAACCGCCGUCGAAUAGCGCCAUACCUCAAAUUGGGAGCAUUUCAGCGACCG